GUCCUGCAGCCGUGCCGAUGACGGCCUCGCCGUGAUUAUUCAACUCGGCUUCUUCAACGAGGAUUUCCACGCACCGGUGGCCAUUGGAAUCGGAUCAAUGCUGAACCGCAUCGAUCUUCACCAACUAUGACAAGAUUCCUUUCCUAGACACUGAUUGGCCUUUUCUGUCGAUAUAAAUCUCAUGAAAUCGACCUUCACCGCACUCGCGCCCCUUCUUCGGCGAUCCAAGAACAUUGUGCCUUUCCCUCCAACGAUCACUAGAUAUUUACAUCAGACGAGACCCGUCAUGAGUGAAAAACUGAAGCCUGCUGCCCGCGUGGCCGGCAGCCGGCAGGAUGUGUGGACCAUCAUCAAUGAGGCUGCCGCCGCCUCGCCCAAGCAGCCCAUUAUCAACAUGGGCCAAGGGUUUUUCGGGUACAACCCGCCCGAUUUCAUCCUGAAUGCCGCCAAGGAGUGCCUGGACCGGGUUGAGUGCAAUCAGUACUCUCCCACCAAGGGCCGCCCGCGCUUGAAGAAGGCCAUCUCGGAGGCAUACGCGCCCCACUGGGGCCGGAAGCUCGACCCGGACACCGAGAUCACCAUUACCACGGGAGCAAACGAGGGGAUGUUGAGUGCCUUCAUGGCAUUUAUCGAGCCAGGGGACGAGGUCAUCAUUUUUGAGCCCUUCUUUGACCAGUACAUCAGCAACAUUGAGAUGCCUGGCGGGAAGAUUGUCUACGUGCCCAUGCACCCGCCAAAGGACGGUGCCGUCAAAACCCUCUCCGCAGGGGAAUGGACCAUCGACUUUGACGAGCUCGAGCGGGCCAUUACGCCCCGGACCAAGAUGCUCGUGCUCAACACGCCACACAACCCCGUCGGCAAGGUCUUCUCCCGUGACGAGCUGCAAAGGAUUGCCGAUCUCUGCCUCAAGCACAAGAUCAUCAUCCUCUCUGACGAGGUCUACGACCGGCUGUACUACGUCCCCUUCACCCGUAUCGCCACCUUGUCCCCCGAGGUCGAACAAAUCACCCUCACCGUCGGGUCGGCGGGCAAGAACUUUUACGCCACAGGUUGGCGCGUCGGCUGGCUGAUGGGCCCACCUCAUCUAAUCCAAUACGUCUCCGCCGCGCACACCCGCAUCUGCUACUCUUCAGUGUCACCUCUCCAAGAGGCUUGCGCUAUCGGCUUCGAACAAGCCGAAUCCCACAAUUUCUGGUCCCAAUGCGUAUCCGACAUGCAAGCCAAACUAGCCCGCUUCAACGCCAUCUGGGACGAGCUCGGCAUCCCCUACUCACAGCCCGAAGGCGGGUAUUUUGUCAUGGUCAACCUGUCAGCCGUUCAGAUCCCGGAGGGAUACCACUUCCCGCCCCACGUGGCUGAGCGGCCGCGGGAUUUUAAGCUGGCCUGGUUUUUGAUCCAGGAGCUUGGCGUCGCGGCCAUACCCCCCAGCGAGUUCUACACCGACGAGCGUGCGCGUACUGUGGAGGAUUAUCUGAGAUUUGCGGUGUGUAAGCCGGAUGAGGUGCUUGAGGAUGCGAAGGAGAGGUUGAGGGGGUUGAGGCGGUAUUUGAAGUGAUGGGUGUCUAUUGGUGGGGAUGGGGAUGUUGAUGUUCGGGUGGUUAGAAUAGAGGUAGAUGAGGGAGCGCUGAAUUGUAUGUUCAAAGGGGGGCGGUGGUUGUUGGGUGCGUAUUCUCUGGAAGAUCUUGCGGAUAAAGUACAUCUAGAAGGAACAAGACCCGUUACAGCUGAUGGUGGA